GCAGCGGUGGCUCGGCUGGCUAGGACAGACCUGAUUUUCUGCUCUGAUUGACACUGGGAACAAGUCCGGUGAGAGCCCAGCCGCAGCAAGAUGGGAUCUGCCUCCUCCACUUACCGGCCCAAAUGUAUUUAUUUGGACAUUGAUGGAAGAAUUCAAAAGGUGAUCUUCAGUAAAUACUGCAAUUCCAAAGACAUUAUGGACCUUUGCUGCAUUGCAACAGGGCUACCGAGGAACACCACCAUCUCCCUUCUGACAGCAGACAACUGCAUGGUGUCCAUUGACCCCACGAUGCCUGCAAACACUGAGAGGUCUCCAUACAAAGUGAUACCAGUUAUGACUGAGCAGCUCUCAGAGAAAGAAGAAUUGUUCCAGAAUUUAUUGGGACAGAUUGCUGAGCAGUUCUCGAGGAUUUUUAAAAUCAAUGAACUGAAAACGGAAGUAGCUAAUCACUUGGCAAUGCUGGAGAAAAAGGUUGAAUUGGAAGGCCUGAAGGUGGUGGAGAUUGAGAAAUGCAAGCGUGACAUUAAAAAGAUGAGGGAGGAAAUGGCAGCAAGGAGCAGCAGGACUAACUGUCCCUGCAAGUACAGCUUUUUGGAUGAAAACAAGAGGCCAGCUCCCCGGAGGGAUGUACCAUCCUACCCAAAGUACAUGCUGUCCCAGGAGACCAUCGAGGCUCUGCGGAAACCAACUUUCGACGUCUGGCUGUGGGAGCCCAACGAGAUGCUGAGCUGCUUGGAGCACAUGUACCACGACCUUGGGCUGGUAAAAGACUUCAACAUCAAUCCUAUCACCUUGAAGAGGUGGCUGCUGUGCAUCCACGACAAUUACAGGAACAACCCCUUCCACAAUUUUCGGCACUGCUUCUGCGUCACCCAGAUGAUGUACAGCAUGAUCUCGCUCUGCAGCCUCCAGGAGAAAUUUUCCCAAAUUGACAUUUUGAUUCUCAUGACUGCUGCAGUGUGCCAUGACUUGGACCAUCCAGGCUAUAACAACACCUACCAGAUCAACGCGCGAACGGAGCUGGCCGUGCGCUACAACGACAUCUCCCCGCUGGAGAACCACCACUGCGCCGUGGCCUUCCAGAUCAUCUCCCAGCCCGAGUUCAACAUCUUCUCCAACGUGGACCAGGACCAGUUCAAGCAGAUAAGACAGGGGAUAAUUACAUUAAUCCUGGCUACAGACAUGGCAAGACAUGCAGAAAUACUGGACUCUUUCAAGGAAAAAAUGGAAAACUUUGAUUACACAAAUGAAGAACACAUGACCUGUCUGAAGAUGGUGCUGAUAAAAUGCUGUGACAUCUCCAACGAAGUCCGCCCGAUGGAGGUGGCAGAGCCCUGGGUAGAUUGCUUGCUGGAGGAGUAUUUUAUGCAGAGCGACCGAGAAAAAUCCGAGGGGCUCCCGGUGGCGCCGUUCAUGGACCGCGACAAAGUGACCAAACCCACGGCACAGAUCGGCUUCCUCAAGUUUGUCCUCAUCCCCAUGUUCGAGACAGUGACCAAGCUGUUCCCAGAAGUGGAGGAGGUGAUGCUCCAGCCUCUGUGGGAAUCCAGGGACCACUAUGAGGGGUUAAAACAGAUAGAUGAUGCUAUGAAAGAGCUGCAGAAACAAAAAAGUGAAGGUUUGACCACCGGCAGCACCGAAAAGUGAGAGGAAACGGCCUUUGAACAAAUAAACCACGAGCCUUGAGGCUGCCCUGCUUUGAGAAAUGCUCCAUUAGCCAAGCAGAGGUGGUGGCUACAUCAAAAUCCAAGAGGGACCAUGCAGGGAGAGAUGGAUCCACAGCCUGCAGCCUCCUCACAGAGAUGCUGCUGCCGUCGGACACCGUGGGCAACCCAGACCCCUGAAUUGUCACCACAGCCUCCUGGCAGGAUUUCCCAGACUCCUGAAUUCCCACCACAGCCUCCUGGCAGGAUUCCCCAGGCUCCAGCAUUCCCACCACAGCCUCCUGGCAGGAUUGCCCAGGCUCUGAAUUCCCACCACAGCCUCCUGGCAGGAUCCCCCAGGCUCUGAAUUCCCACCACAGCCUCCUGGCAGGAUUCCCCAGGCUCCAGCAUUCCCACCACAGCCUCCUGGCAGGAUUCCCCAGGCUCCAGCAUUCCCACCACAGCCUCCUGGCAGGAUUCCCCAGGCUCCUGAACUGUCACCACAGCCUCCUGGCAGGAUCCCCCAGGCUCUGAAUUCCCACCACAGCCUCCUGGCAGGAUUGCCCAGGCUCUGAAUUCCCACCACAGCCUCCUGGCAGGAUUCCCCAAGCUCCAGCAUUCCCACCACAGCCUCCUGGCAGGAUUGCCCAGGCUCCAGCAUUCCCACCACAGCCUCCUGGCAGGAUUGCCCAGGCUCCAGCAUUCCCACCACAGCCUCCUGGCAGGAUUCCCCAGGCUCUGAAUUCCCACCACAGCCUCCUGGCAGGAUCCCCCAGGCUCUGAAUUCCCACCACAGCCUCCUGGCAGGAUCCCCCAGGCUCUGAAUUCCCACCACAGCCUCCUGGCAGGAUUUCCCAGACUCCUGAAUUCCCACCACAGCCUCCUGGCAGGAUCCCCCAGGCUCUGAAUUCCCACCACAGCCUCCUGGCAGGAUUCCCCAGGCUCCUGAACUGUCACCACAGCCUCCUGGCAGGAUUCCCCAGGCUCCAGCAUUCCCACCACAGCCUCCUGGCAGGAUCCCCCAGGCUCUGAAUUCCCACCACAGCCUCCUGGCAGGAUUCCCCAGGCUCUGAAUUCCCACCACAGCCUCCUGGCAGGAUUCCCCAGGCUCCAGCAUUCCCACCACAGCCUCCUGGCAGGAUCCUCCCUGUGGACACUGCUCAGGCUGCAGCACAGCUCCAUCCUUCAGCAGAUCUGCCUCUCUGGUGACCCAGCUGCCCACAGGCUGUAGAGACAAACCAGAGUUUAGCUAAGGAGCCUUUUCUGGGACAUGAUCCCCUGGCACCAGGGGUUGUUUUAGUCAAGACACUCUCUAUAUGUAUACAGCAGGAUGCUAAUUACAGCAUAGCUCACCAGAUGCUUAUACACUGACAAGGGUCCAGCCAUGCAUUUUUGUUUGCCUGGUAAGCCCUAAUGACACAUUUCUCCUCAUUAUCCUCUGAAUUUUAUAGUGUUCACAGUACAUUCAGAAGCCCAGCAUAGUGGAUGCAAUUUUCUUUUUUUUUUUUUUCUACACUAGAAGAAAUCAGAAGAAACCUUGGUGAGUUUGCAGGGUGGCUUUGUGGCCUGGUACAGCUGGACACCACAGGAUCCUUCAGCAUGGACAAAGAAGGGAGCACAAAGCUGAAAAAGCCACAGUGCAAACACAUUUUUAUCCUUGUUGAUGAAAAAACAAACAAACAAACAAAACCAACAAGAGACAGCUUCAAAGAUGUACAGAUUUUUUUUUUUAACUUUUAAACUGAUCUGCUAAAUAAUAUAUUCUUCUA